CGUAAUCCGUUCAGCUCGGACUCAGACACGAGUACCCUGCCUCUUAGCUCUAACAGCAAUGGUCUAACAACCGUUGUCAGGACCGAUUCGGGCCCUAGCAACGCCAAUGGUUCUGCCACUGAAAACCGUGGCCCAGAAACUGGCCUUCCGGGGGAUCAGUAUGCAGAAUACAUCGCUGCAAUAACCUAUGAUGACGGGCGUCCUGGCAUACGGGUUCGUGCUCUUUAUGAUUACAAGGGAAUGGAGGAUGAUGAGAUCACCUUUAUAACAGGCGACAUUUUCGAGAAACUCGAAGAGGAGGAUGAGCAAGGCUGGUGUAAAGGUCGAAAAGAUGGUCGCAUUGGCCUAUAUCCUGCCAACUAUGUCGAAGUUAUUUAA